UUUUUAUAAAAAGUACUUUUAACUGUGAUUAUUUAAAGAAUAAAAAAUGUUUGUGAACGGGACUAUGUUGAUUCUCGCGUACACCGCGAACAUGAUGGCUACUUUAGCUGAGAAAAACGCGUCCCUGGCUUUGGACAAUAGCGUUCAAAAAAUCAAUGUGUCGACCACGACUCUGUCGCCUGAAGAACAGGAGAACCAAUUGGACUUAGAAGACCAAUGGCACAUGUGGCGUUGCUUCGAACCUUACGGUUGUUUCUAUAUCGGUUCUCCAUGGUCCGGAGAAAACAGGCCGGUCUCCACAUUCCCUGCACGUCCGGACGAGAUCAAUCCACGGUACGUAUUCUACAGCCGUGAUAACGAAGACCAACCGCACGAGCUGAAGAUCGACAAGCAUGAAACGAUCAGGCAAGCACCGUUCAGGAAGAAGGCUGACCUCUAUCUCAUCAUCCACGGGUUCCUCGAUAACGGGGACAAGACCUGGGUCAUGAGGACUAUGAAAGAGUUACUACAGAGAGAAGACUGCAACGUGGUGAUAGUGAACUGGAUAGGAGGUGCAGGUCCUCCGUACACUCAAGCAGUCGCCAACACGAGACUGGUAGGCGCAAUGACUGCACGGUUGGCUUACCAAUUGAUCAAAGUAGGAGACAUAGAUCCGAUGAAAAUGCAUUGCAUUGGACACAGUCUAGGCGCACACACCUGUGGAUACGUUGGGUACACGUUAAGGCAGAAAUACGAACACAGUCUUGGCAGGAUCACUGGCCUGGACCCGGCGGAGCCGCAUUUCAGCAACACGUCGACGAUGGUCCGUUUGGACCCAACGGACGCGGUGUUCGUCACAGCGAUCCACACCGACGGCAGUCCCUUUAUCAGUGGCGGCCUUGGAAUCACUCAACCCGUCGCGCAUAUCGAUUUCUAUCCGAACGGCGGUCGCAAUCAGCCCGGUUGCAACGAGGGUGUGCUCAAUUCGAUCACCUUGGAACGAGGCAGCUUCUUUCGCGGUGAGCUUUCCUUCUCCUUCCACGCAUCCUUCGUGUUUAGCAACAAUUGCAUCAAC